AUGGGUUCCAUCGAGCCGUCACGGGCUAAGGAAGCUCAAUUUCAUACCUUGCACUUCUCUUCUCUUUUAUCAGGGGAUGAAGAUGAGUUUGCACGUCUACUGAGUGCUUGUGAGAAUGAUGGCUUCUUCUACCUCGACCUCCGCGACUGGGAGUCGGGGCGGAUCUUGCAACAACUUCACUCGACGGACCAAGUCUUGAAACCCUGGUUCGCCGGGCCACUUGAGAACAAGUUAAAGACGGAGACAGUGACGCAGAAUCAUGGGUACAAACCUCUUGGCCUAUACCCGGGUGUCAAGGAGAAAUCACGAGAUUCUUAUGAGGGUUUACGACUCAGUCGUACUAACCUGCUGAAUCAAACACACCUUCCGGACGUCGUCUCGACGAACCUCGACAAGUUCCAGGGGUACAUGAACUCUGCCCACUACAUCUUGCUCAAAUUGCUAGAAUGCCUUUCUACGGCAGCCGGGGUGCGAGCCGAGGAUCGGUACGAACUGUACCAUCCGCCAGAGCUAGCCUCGAAAACGGCAAUGCUUCACCUCCACUAUCCCGCCAGUGAUGCAUCCGAGGGAAAAGAGGAAUCCGGAGGCCAUAAUUCACACACGGAUGCUGGUUCUCUGACUCUGCUGUUUGUGGACUCGCCGGGCUUGCAAGUACUCUCGCCAAAGACAAACGAGUGGGAGUAUGUCAGCACUAAGCCGGGACAUGCAAUCGUCAACGUUGGCGACACGCUGCGCUUUGUGUCGAAGAAGCGGUUUCGGUCGAUUCUGCACCGGGUGGUCCUCCCUGAUGACAGGGUGGCGAGCAGGUAUGCGACGGCUUAUUUUCUGCGCGCUGGCGACCAGGUGGUCUUCCAGGGCUUGAAGGGAGAGAAGCUCACAGCUCAGGAGUGGUUUGACAAGAAGUAUGACAGCUUUGAGAAGACCUUGCAAGAGCAGGAGUCUAACCCAAUAGCAACCGGUGGCAUGGCUCAGGAUCUCGGCGUUCGAGUGGUUUAG